UUCCGGAAAUUAUCUUUGAUCGAAGAGGGAGUGAUUGGCCGUUGUUCGGGGUUUCUCGUCGCCAACGCGAUUGGUUCGCAUUGGAUUUGGAGUAGGUUUGAUCGUGGGCGGAGUAGGGUUUUACUGUGAUGUCUUUUGAGGAGGAGAGCGGAGGCAUGAGGAAGAGGAAAGCAAGCAGGGAGGUCGACGAGAAGAGGAGGUUGGGUGUGAGUGAUUGCAAUUCGGAUGAUUGUUUGGCUAAGCAUUGGAGAACGGCUCGUGGUGCGCAGAAAGGAGAGAGGAUGCAUUGUGGUGACAGUUAUGGAGUUGCUUGGGAAGAGAAAAAUAGGAAGAAUGUUUUGAGGGCUCAUGUUGCCAAGCCAUAUGAAGUUCUGGAUUCUGAUGAAACGAUCAAGUCGGAUUUGGAGGGGAAGAGCAGUAGAAAACCAGCUGUUGCUCAACUUUCUGCAAAGAAAACGAGAAGGGAGAGGAUAGGAGAUGUUAACAACAUUUUUGCUGUUGAUAAUAAUUUGCAUACUGACAUUACUCGACACGAAAGUGAUGUUCUCAGGGUGCAAGGAAAAGGCGGUGUCUUGAGGGUCUUCCUCAAUAAGAAAGCUGAUGGACUUGAGAAUUUCUGUGCCAAAGAUUUUUAUGAGCAAAGAUCAAAGACUCUGGGGUUUCCAGUGGUUUCUACUCAUGAAAUGCUGAAUCCAACAACCCUUUCUGCAGACACACAAUCACUUGAAAGAUCAUGCGCAGGAACUAUAUUGAGAGAGACAAACACUGAUAUAACUUUGGAAAGCAGAUCCGGUGAACAAAUGAGAGAGUUGGAGAUUUCACUGCCAAAAAGAGGGAAAAAGAGAACAAAUAUGCAAAACAAUAAGACUGACACUAAAUUAAGGGAUUUUUCCAAUUCAAAAAUUCAUAAAAGGGAACUGAAAGAUCAGUUAAAAGAAAUACUUAUAAAUGCCGGUUGGAGGAUAGAUCUAAGGCCAAGGAAAGGCAGCAAGUAUGUAGAUUCUGUUUACAUACCUCCUAAAGGACGAGGUAGUUAUUGGUCAAUCACAAAGGCUUAUGCUGUGUAUCAGGAAGAACUGAAUAGAGAAAACAAUGGGAAGAGUGAGGGCCCUGCAAGGCUGUCUAAAGCAUUUCUUGGUAGUGACUAUAAUAUACCUAUAGAUUCCCUAAAUGUACUGAAGAGGAAUAUUGUUAACAAGAGAAAAAGGAAGGAAGCGCUAGAAGAAGCCCAAAGUGGUCAAAAGAAGAAUUCAGAGGAAAGGUUUGACAAUAGGAGGCAACCUAGUGUUACGGAAACUACAGAGAUGUCUGACGGAAUCACAGACAGAAUAAACAUAAACAGCUCUACAGAUUUAGACACAAAAACAAUAGUUAGUUCCAUAGCUCAUAAUCACUUCCAAAUAGGAAAAAGCAAACAUAGAGUGUGUGCUCUAUUAGCUCGUGGCAGCAAUCAGGAUGCAGAAACUGAAGACGAUGGUUUUGUUCCAUAUAAAUGGAAGAGGACAGUUUUCUCAUGGAUGAUAGAUCUUGGAAUCCUGUCUAUAAAUGAAAAAAUAAAAUACAUGAACAAGAGGAGAAAUGAAACAAAAUUGAGAGGCUGGAUAACAAGAGAGGGCAUUAGGUGCAGCUGUUGUACUAAAAUUGUUACUGCAUCUAAGUUUGAGCUUCAUGCUGGGAGCAGACUUCUUCAGCCAUCACUAUAUAUAUAUUUGGAAGAUAGAGGUGUCUCCCUCUUGCAGUGUCAAUUAGAAGCAUGGAAAAAACAUGAACAGUCAGGCCAUCAAGGAUUUUGUAGUGUUGAUGUAAGUAGUGAUCAACCCAAUGAUGACUUUUGUGCAAUGUGUGGUGGCAGCGGUGAUUUGAUCUGUUGUGAUAAUUGUCCUUCAACAUCCCAUGUCAGUUGUUUGGGUUUGGAGAUGCUUCCUCAUGGAGUGUGGCACUGUACAAAGUGCUGCUGCAGAUACUGUGGUGAAAUUUCUAUGGAUUCUACUAAAAAAACCAAUGGAAUUGAUUCUUCAUUACUCUCAUGCAGCCAGUGUGAGGCAAAAUAUCAUCAGGAUUGUGUUGCUCAAUUUGAAUCAAUUUCUCCCAUUUCAUUGAACCUGAGUAGUGCUUUUUGUACCCAAAGUUGCAGAAAGGUUUUUGAAGGAUUGCAGAAGAUUCUUGGGACCAAGAAUGACUUGGGAGCUGGAUUUUCAUGGAGCAUUAUUAGGCGAUUUGAUGAGGAUGCUUCUAUGUAUAAGUUGGAGUUGCAUCAAAUGGCAGAAUGCAACUUGAAGAUUGCUGUUGCUCUAGCCAUUUUGGAUGAGUGCUUUCUGCCGAUUGUUGACCAGAGAAGUGGUUUUAACGUCAUUCAUAAUGUUGUCUAUAAUUGUGGAUCAAAUUUUAAUCGUCUGAACUAUAAGAGUUUCUGCACAAUAAUUUUGGAGCGUGGUGAUGAAAUUAUCUCUGCAGCCUCUAUCAGGAUCCAUGGAACCAGGCUGGCAGAAAUGCCUUUUAUUGGGACAAGAAACAUGUAUAGACGCCAAGGCAUGUGCCGCCGGCUUCUUGGUGGAAUUGAAUCACUUCUCUGUUCGCUCAAUGUUGAAAAGCUGGUUAUAUCCAGCAUUCCCGAGCUACAGGAUGCAUGGACUAAGGUAUUUGGCUUCAAGCCUCUUAAUGGUUUUCAAGAAAAGGAAAUUAGAUCUGCAAAUAUAUUGGUUUUUCCUGGUACAUAUUUAUUCGACAAGACAUUGCCAAAGAUGCUUUCUCCUGAAAAACCUACACCGGUUCCUGGAGUUGUAACAAUCGAAAAUGACGUCGAGCAAUAG